AGGACCAAAAACCUAUUUUUUUCAAAUUUGAAAUUAUGUCGCGAAUUUGUUCCAGCAACUCCUCUGUGCGCCGCGGCGCCCGUUGGAAUUCGACUUUCGGCGCCGUCACUGUUCGAGGCAGCUUGAGGCAGAUUGGUCUGGAAAUUCCCAGUAACCCCUAGAUGCGUCGAGACGGUGCGUCUUUCACGAGUACGGCGGCAAGUUUUGCAAUCACCGUCCCAUGUUGCGUCUUUCGAACUGGUUUUCUUUUCUGUAUGUCUCGUUUCCGGCGCAUUGGAGGGGGUAAAUAUAUUAUGAAUUGCCUACUACUUUGAUGGACUGGUAGAAAAUUGUGCAUAAGAAAAUAGGUACUUCACAAACAUUUUCAGUCGUCAAGUUUUUUCCUCGUGAGAAGGAAGUACAUACCCAGUGUUUAUAGUUGUAAAUUUUAAAGUUUGCGAAGAAACCGUCCUGUUUUAGGAGUGUUGUGAAUUGGUGAUAUAGUGGAAUUAGAUUUCUGUGAACUUCUUGUGCUUCAUUUGUCAGCCGCCUCGUUGAAGAUUUGAGCUUCAAAUAUUCAAAAAAUAUCCUUGAAAUGUUUGGAAUGAAGACCAUAAAAGCUUUGUCCAAGUUCUCCAAUACUGUGGAAAAGAUGAGAUCACACGUCAGCCCGGAUGGAUCAUACAUCAAUGAAGGAAUGAAUUGCUCGUCGCUGGACAUAACAAUGCCAAACGGAGAACCUCAUGGAGGUCUUACCGGGUCCAAUGAAUUCAUCUUAUCAUCAAGUGGACAGAAAAUUUCCGCCGACAGUCGCAUGCAAGACGUCAAUCAAUGGUGCCAACGCAAAGCUAAAAGUGCUUGUUCUAGGAAAAUGUUACUCAAACGAUUGCCAAUUUUAAGGUGGCUUCCAAGCUACAACGGCACAGAUGCUGUAGGAGAUUUAGUGGCGGGAAUAACCGUCGGCCUCACUGUGAUUCCUCAAGCGCUCGCCUAUUCUGGUAUUGCCGGGCUUCCCGCUGCGUAUGGUCUUUAUGGUUCCUUCGUAGGAUGUAUCGUGUACAUUUUCCUCGGUAGUUGCAAAGAUGUCCCAAUGGGGCCAUCUGCCAUAUCUGCGUUACUGACCUAUCAAACGGCACGUGGUAACGUCCACAAAGCAGUCCUGUUAUCUUUCCUAGCUGGAGUCAUUGAAUUGGUGAUGGGCAUCUUCGGAUUAGGAUUUCUUGUGGAUUUCGUAUCUGGGCCCGUUUCUUCGGGCUUCACAUCUGCAGUUUCACUGAUCAUUGUAACGUCCCAAAUCAAAGACGUACUCGGAAUAACUGCGAAAGGAACUACAUUUUUGGAGAUCUGGCAAUCCAUCUUCAAAGAUAUCCACAACAUUCGAGCGUGGGAUACCGUGCUUGGCUUAACUUGCAUUGCGGUGCUCUUGAUCAUGAGAAUUGUAGCAGGACUGAAGGUGGGACCGCACGAAGACGAUCUCAAAUCAAAGAAACAUCGAAUCAUCAAUAAGUUUAUGUGGUUGAUUGGAACUUCGCGCAAUGCCAUUCUAGUCGUAGUCUGCGGUGCCAUAGGAUAUGUAUUUCAAUCGUCAGCUUCGGCACCAUUCAAACUGAUUGGCGAUAUUCCUCCCGGUUUGCCAUCGUUUCAAGUUCCUUCAUUUACUCUUAACGCCAACCAAACAGCCAGUGGUCGGGAGGAAAGCUUCGCGGAGAUGGUCUCUAGUUUGGGUUCGGGAUUGAUUGUAGUGCCAUUGAUCUCUCUUAUGGAAAACAUUGCCAUUUGUAAAGCUUUCUCUAAUGGCAAACCCGUCGAUGCUACCCAGGAGCUAAUCGCUAUUGGAGUUGCCAACGUUGCCAAUUCCUUUGCCCAAGGUUUCCCAGGAACUGGAGCUCUCAGCCGUGGGGCGGUGUUCAACGCUUCGGGGGUCCGUACGCCCCUCGCGAACAUCUAUACUGGUGCGCUUGUAAUACUUUCGCUCAUGUUCUUCACGCCAUAUUUCUCGUUCAUCCCGAAAGCCACACUUGCUGCUAUUAUAAUUGCCGCGGUCGUCUUCAUGGUGGAAGUAAAAGUCGUGAAACCCAUGUGGCGAACUAAGAAAAGUGAUUUGAUUCCCGGGCUAGGAACGUUUAUUGCCUGUUUGGCUCUACCGUUAGAAAUCGGUAUUCUACUUGGAGUGGGGUUGAACGUCAUCUUCAUUCUAUAUCAUGCUGCUAGACCUAAGAUCAAUGUCGAACGGUUAACGAGCCCUGCCGGUACAGAAUACCUAAUCAUCACCCCCGACCGUUGUCUUAUUUUUCCUUCGGUGGAUUAUGUGAGGAAUCUGGUGACGAAGCAUUCCAUUCGUCAGUCGCUUCCAGUUGUGAUAGACUGCUCACACGUGUACGGUGCAGACUAUACCGCCGCAACGGUGAUCGAAAGUAUUACUCAAGACUUUGCUAAACGUGAUCAACCAUUGUUCUUCUACAAUUUGAAACCCAGCGUUUGUGCAGUAUUCGAAGGAUUGUCUCCCGUGGACUUUAUCGUGUACUAUCGAGAAGAGGAUCUAGAUGAGCUGAUGAAAGAAAAAGCUUACAAACCAAAGCAGGUUUUGAGUGCUUAGACUUCAUAUGAUUCUAUUUUCAUCAAUUCAGGUUAAAAAUCAGUAUUACUUAUUAAAGAAAGUACACUAUUGUUACAUAGUAACACAAACAUAAUACUACAACUAUUCAGAACGAUUCCACUGUAUAUGCACAUAUUUGAACGAUGAUUUAAUAUUUAUUUAACCAAAUUAUUAGAUAGUAGGACUUGAAUCUUUCCAGUCUCUUUUUUACAGAUAUAAAAUAUUAGAAGUUUAUAACAUCUAUAGUAUUAUGUUUGUUUUUGUAGUAACAACUUGCGACAUCAGUUCUUAAAAUAUUUGUGCGAACACAAAUGAUGAGAAUGAAAAAAGUGUAGAGAAUAGACUUUUUGUUGUAAAUAUUAAUACGCGAAUGGUGAAUCAAACCAAUGGUUGUGUAUUUGAUACGUACCUUAAAUACCGAAUCACUGAGAAUAUUCUUAUGGUACAUAUUGUGCACAAUUCUUUUGAAUGUUUGAUAACCAGUGAUAAGUGCCCUUGAUCAUCCAUAAGGCAAAAAAGGUACAGCAGCUUACUAUUUUUACAGUAGUGAACCAAAGUUACCUGCUAGAAUAAUCAAUCACUGCUAAUUUAUACAAUCCUCAAAAUUCAAGUCUUAAAAUUGACAUAAUGUAAAUUUUUCGCCAGGCCAUAACAUAGUAUUGUACAAUCAUCUAAUUAUACAUAUGAAAUGAAAGGCUUUGCAUACGCAGCGGAGGUUACGCAUUGAUAUUGUUUUAGUUUUAUUUUCUUCAAACCUAGAUACACAUGAUACUUUCAAACAUUUUCACCUUAAAAUGACAUGUGGAUCACCGGCAGACAAACAGGCGUAACAGCUAGAAAAAGAAUCGAUUGAAUAUUUACGAAGUCGCAUCAGCAUGAUCGUCAAGUAUGUCCAACUAAAAAAUAUUUACAUUGAUGAGAAUAAUUUGUGCCUCAUGAUUGUUCGUCCGUGUUGAAGUGUUAUAUUGUGCUCUGCAAGAUUAAUCAACGUGAUGCGAAUAUAUGAAAAUGUCGAUAUACUGUCGCA